AUGUAUACUUCUGCCACUACUAUUUGCCCGUCCUCACCUCGCUGCAAGGAACACAGGAAGAUUUGGAUGGGCAGAAAGGCCAAGUACAAUAAAGAAAGAAGGGAUGAAAUCGGAGCUGCGAAGAGUCGCAGCUGUGAAAAGUCCUUGAUGUGGGGAGUGAAGAAUUCCUGCACAAGGGGCGUCACCCUGAUUGGCUGCCACUCAAUCCACUGUUGCCACUCCCUCUGCGUGCAGGCCAUGGACCGCUGCCAUCGCAUUGGUCAGUCGAAGCCCGUGCUCGUGCUGCGACUGGCUACCAGCCACUCGGUGGAAGGGAAAAUGCUGCGUAGGGCGUCAAACAAGAUGGCGCUGACACGGCUGGUCAUCAAGAAGGGGGCAUUCAGGGGUGACAAGGAAGCCAAGAGCGCGCGCUCCUCCCUGGCCUCGGACGAGCUCCUGCAGCUCUUGAAGGCCGACAUCUCGCUCGACGACGUGCCCCAGAGCGGUGAGGUGUCCGAUGACAUCAUGGACCAGCUUCUGGACAGGACCGAUGAUGUCACCCAUGCCCGCAUCCCCGCGGCGGGCGUCGGCUACGAAAUCGUCCAACAGCAGGGGUGCACGGACGUGCUGUCGACGGUGACUCGCGACGAACCGUACAAGCAGGUGGACGAACCGUAUGAGCAUGUCGUUCAGGCGACUCCCCCUCGCAAGCGGUGGAGGAGUCCAAGACGCAGGGUCCUUUCACCUCGCAGAGAUAAUGGCGUGGGUGACAUCGGAAAUGGGCAGAGCGUCAGCCCGGGGAGGAUGGGCACCCGCAGUCAGGGGUUCGGGCGCCGUGGACUUGGGUCGGGGGCAUUAGUGGGAUCCUCGUCCUGCAGAGUUCGGUAG